AUGAUGAGACGAGUGCGUAGAAUUUCAGAAUUUCAGGUGUAUCUUAAUGCCCACAGCAUAAUCGCGAAACCCUCAUUGCCAAAACAGUUUAAUCGCCAUCAUGUAACUCAGGCGCCGCCCAUCAACAGGAAUCUAGCGGCGAUGGAAAGUAUUGUGUCCCUGUUUUCCAGUAAAUGGGGGCACAGUCCGGCGGAGGUGAUCGCAAGGGAGAAACUGCGGGAAUAUGUUUCCCAGCUGAAGAACGAGCUUCUGAGUCAAAGCGAGGAUGUCGAGAAGAUCGAGAGAGUCCUGGAAGAAGAUGGCGUCGCUCUUUUCAGGAAAUAUCCAGAUGGGUCCGCCGUGGUUGAGCUUUUAACGCAGCUGAAGUCUUUUCCCGAUCUAUCUAUGAAGGUUUUUACUUGGAGGAGAAGACAACUAGACUAUGCAGCACCCAUGACGGCCGAGGAGUACACAAAGGGCAUUAUUGCGGCCAGCAAAUUGAAAAAUGUUGAUCUUUCGGUUGAGCUUUUUAAAGAGGCUUUGAACAAGAACUUGACAAAAACAUCUGUGUACAACGCCCUAAUGAGUGCCUACAUGUACAACGGCUUGACCAUGAGGUGUCAAUCCCUGUUCCGGGACCUGAAAGUGGACCCCUUGUGCUCCCCGACCAUCACCACCUACAACAUACUCAUAUCAGCAUUUGGCCGCUUAAUGCUCGUGGACCACAUGGAGGCCACUCUCAAGGAGAUCAGUGAUUUAAACAUCCCCCCAACACUCGACACGUACAAGGGCUUGAUUUCUGGCUACAUCACGGCAUGGAAGUGGGACAAAAUGGAAAGGACCUAUUGGCUGAUGAAGGCGGGCCCAGUUCAGCCUGAUCUGGAUAUCCAGCUCCUCAUGCUGCGUGGGUAUGCGCACUCUGGUAAAAUAGAGAAAAUGGAGGAAAUGUACGAGAUGGUGAAGGCUCAGUUCGAUGGUAAUAUGGGCCCGUUGAUUAGAUCCAUGAUUUGUGCAUACUACAAGAGCUCGCAUGUUGCCCGGGUUCAAAAAAUUGAUGAAUUGCUUAGGAUUAUUCCAGAGGAUGAUUACAAGCCCUGGUUGAACGUGUUCUUGAUUUGUUUGUACGCGGAAGAGGAUUUAUUGGAGCGGAUGGAAAAUGCGAUCAGCAUGGCAAUCCAGCGUAAAGCAUACGUAACGACAGCUCGUGUCAUGAGAUGUGUCAUCUCGAGUUAUUUUAGGCAGAAUGCGGUGGACAGGCUUGCCGAGUUUGUGCGGCUUGCUGAGUUUGCCGGCUGGAAAAGAUGCAGAUCAUGUUACCACUGCAAAAUGGUUUUGUACGCAAAUGAGAUGCGGAUUUACGAGAUGGAGAAGGUUCUUGAUGAAAUGGACAGAGUAAAUAUACCCUUAUGUAAGAAGACGUUCUGGAUACUGUACAAGGCCUACCAGAAAUUCAAUCAGAGGUCUAAGCUCGAACUCGUGGCUGGGAUGAUGUGCAAACUUGGAUACGGAAUACCUAUGGAUAUAUCGGUUUAG